CCCCCACACUCCUAAGUUCUUAACAAGUGCUUCUUCAUCUCCUUUCAAAAAUCAUUUCUUUUUCUUCUUUUUUCUCUCCUCUCUAGUUCUAACAUCAGGAAGAGGAGCAAAGAAGCAUAAAAAAACAUCAUCAACAAAUCAACAAUGGCAGUUUUUAUUGUGAUUUUUGCUGUUAUUUUCAGCUUGUUUUGCUUCUCAUCUGCCUUGUUAAGAUGGAAUGAACUUAGAUAUAGGAAAAAAGGAUUGCCUCCUGGUACUAUGGGUUGGCCUAUCUUUGGUGAAACCACUGAGUUUCUUAAACUUGGUCCCAACUUUAUGAAAAACCAAAGAUCAAGAUAUGGGAAUUUUUUCAAGUCCCAUAUAUUAGGGUGCCCAACAAUAGUGUCAAUGGAUCCAGAAGUAAACAGGUAUAUACUAAUGAAUGAAUCAAAAGGGUUAGUACCAGGGUACCCUCAGUCUAUGUUAGACAUCCUUGGGAAAUGCAACAUUGCUGCUGUUCAUGGCUCCACUCACAAGUACAUGAGGGGUGCCCUUCUUUCUCUUAUCAGCCCCACCAUGAUUAGAGACCAUAUUCUUCCCAAAAUUGAUGAGUUCAUGAGAUCCCAUCUCAGCAACUGGCAAAAUCUUGUCAUUGACAUCCAAGAUAAGACUAAGGAGAUGGCUUUCCUUUCUUCCCUAAAGCAAAUUGCUGGCAUUGAAUCAAGCUCAAUUGCCCAGGAAUUUAUGUCUGAAUUCUUCAAGCUUGUUGUAGGGACUCUUUCGCUCCCUAUUGACCUCCCUGGAACUAAUUAUCGUAGGGGAUUUCAGGCAAGGAAGGUGAUAGUGAAUAUUUUGACACAACUUAUUAAAGAGAGAAGAGCAUCAAAAGGAACACAAGUUGAUAUGCUUAAUUGUCUUUUAAAAGAAGAUCAAGAGAAUAAACAUAAAUUAAGUGAAGAAGAGAUCAUUGAUCUCAUCAUUACCCUUGCUUAUUCUGGUUAUGAAACUGUCUCCACUACUUCAAUGAUGGCUGUCAAGUAUCUCCAUGAUCAUCCCCAUGUUCUUGAAGAGCUCAGAAAAGAGCACUUGGAAAUCAGAGCAAAAAAGAAGCCAGAUGAACCAAUAAACUGGGAAGAUUACAAGGCUAUGAAAUUUACUAGAGCUGUUAUCUUUGAGACUUCCAGAUUAGCCACAAUUGUUAAUGGAGUCUUGAGAAAAACAACUAAAGAGAUGGAAAUAAAUGGUUUUGUGAUCCCAGAAGGUUGGAGAAUAUAUGUGUAUACAAGAGAAGUAAAUUAUGAUCCAUAUUUGUACCCUGAUCCACUCUCCUUCAAUCCAUGGAGAUGGCUGGAUAAAGGCUUGGAAUCCCAGCAUUACUUUCUAAUAUUUGGAGGUGGGACGAGGCAAUGCCCUGGGAAGGAAUUAGGAAUUGCUGAAAUUUCUACAUUCCUUCAUUAUUUUGUAACUAGAUACAGAUGGGAAGAAGUAGAGGGAAAUAAACUGGUAAAGUUUCCUAGAGUGGAGGCACCAAAUGGAUUACGGAUCCGAGUUUCGAGUUAUUAGAGAUAUAUUUUUUCUAGACUCCAUUGAAAUGUACAGAAGUAGCACAGGCUUAUGCCCUAAAAAAGACCCCAAAAAAAGUAGCACAGACGGAUGACAUUAGGGAUUUUUUGUACAAUAAUUCCCUAACAUCUAACACACUUGUAGAAUUCAUAAUGAAAUGUAGCAUUCCCUGAUUUUUUUCA